AUGGUAGAUAUUCUAGUAUACAAUGCCACUGCUCGAAACGAAAAGGGCACUAUUUUCGACAUAUCCGAAGAACAAUGGGCUUCUACCUUCCGCGUUAAUACCGAUUCCUACUCCUAUCUAACCAAGGCUAUUUUGCCUUUUAUGGCCAAGAACGGCUGCAUCAGCAAUAGCGCAUCGGUAGACUCGUAUAUUGGCGUUCCCAGCAGACUCGACUACGCCACUACUAAGGCUCCUAUUAUCGCCUUCACUCGCUCCUUGUCCAAUUAUCUGAUCAAGAAGGGCCUACGGGUGAAUGCCGUUGCCGCUGGACCAGUUUGGACCCCAUCGGUUGCGUCAGGAAUGGAAAAGCCUAGGCAGCAAGGACAUGGGUUGGGGAAUUGGACGCCAAUGGAUUGA